AUGGAAGAUGUUAGACAAGAACCCUUCAGGGUGGCAGUUCUGGGAAGAACUGGAACGGGAAAAUCAGCGUUGGUGUCGAAAAUGACAGUUGGAAUGGCUCAUGAAGUGCACUACCCUACGAGGAAACAGAGUAAUUGGCUGUUCACAUUCGAACCCUGGGAAAAUUUGACACGAACCCUUAUGGAUGAACGACCUCAUCGUCGGAGAUUGGUCCAAAGUGGGAAGGCAGAUCGUUCGUUCUUCGAGACACCUCAAGUGACACCAUUGGUAUUGUUGUCGCCAGUGGUAUUCCAAGCGUUUGCCAACGAAUGGAAAGAAACGAAAACUUUGGUUCAAAGUCAUUCCACCCGAACGGACAUUCGAUGCACUGACCCUAAAAACGAGGUUUAUAACUAUGAAGAAUACUCGGGGAAAAAUCACGACCGAAUCGAACAAUCAAGGACAUUGUUGACCAAUUCCGACGCAAAUAUUCUCAGAACCCAGCUGUCGAGUGAAGCAAAUGCUUUGCCCGCCUCUGGUGCCUCGUGUCUCCCCGAAGACUACGAACCACCUUGUUUUUCCGCUUUGCCCAUUGACAUAGUGGACACUCCAGGGUUCAAACCAGAUAUGGUUGUUCCUUUUCUAGAAGUCUCACUGUUCCGUAACCUAGACAAUGACGUUCUGAAAGGUCUUGCCAAUGAACCCCGGAAACCCAUCUCCACAACCAGUCUUUUGGUCGCAUCUGGAGCCUCAGAACUCAAUGGGCGUAUUAACGGCUAUAUAUUUGCCUACAGCGCAGUACCGGAGUUUGGACGUGGUGCUGGUCCACCUGGUUAUGACGACACUAUCGAAAAUGACACUCUUGCCGAACCUACUCGCAGCACGUCGCCGAGCAAUACUUUAUCUCCAGUGUCAAGUACGACAAUCGCGGUUGAGAAGGAGUGCGACGGUGGAUUGUCUCUAUUAACAACAAUAAGGAACUGCAUGCUCGAAGCAUGGAGUGAGUACCGUGAUUAUCAACAUAGAUGGUCUGAGGGCAAAGAAGGCGACGUCUAUUCUCUGAUUUACAACUUCAAACAGAUGUGGAAAUCCCAGAAGCAGAGAAACGAAAAGCUCAAAUAUUUGCGUUCCUUUGACUCCAAACCAAACGCUCUAGAUUGGGAUCCCACCUCUCCAGAAUCUCCACCGCCUUGUAUCAUCAUAUGCACGCAUGUGGAUGACCCACUAGCGAGCCCUGUACUAAUAGAACGCGGUAAGGAACUGGCCAUGGAAUGGCGAUGUGGAUUUGUGGGUGUGGACACGAUGGAUGAUUGUAAUGUUGAGCUUGCGUUUGGAAUGCUUCUGAGAGAGAAUGUCGAGCGAAAGAAGAUUGUCAAAGCUGCUUCAAAAUAUAAACACAAAAUGGGGAAGUGA